AUGGGAGUAUCAGUCUCAACUUUAGACUUCGCAACGCUAGAAGGAUACGUAUACAAAAGUGAAAAAGAACGCACAGAGAUUCUAAAAAACGCAGGUUGGGAACUAGAAGCACAAGACCAUGAUAUAGCAAUAUUUAUGGGAACUGACGUUAUAACAGCGGCGUUAAUAAGAGCUGUGGUCACAGUCUGCCUAACGAAACAAAAAGAUGCAAUGGAGGCAUUUUAUAAAAAAGUUACUGAAAAUGAAAGACAACAUUUUGACCAUGAAUUGCAACAACUUUAUUCACAAGGAAAUGCCUUACAACAUGAGUUACAUAUAACUAAAGAUAAACUCCGAAAACAAGAUAAAGAAAUGGAAGAAUAUUUUAAAGCUAUGCCAAUAAACCAACACAUGGCCAAUAUAGAAGUAGGAACAAACGACAGACCAGAAUAUAAUACUACAACGAAGGUACCUACAGGACAACUUAUAACGAUAGAAGACGAUAACGAUAACACCUCCAAAGGCGAAGGCUCUAAGAGCGAAGGAAAAAAGAGAUGUCACGUGAACGAAAAACAGAUAGAUAAAAAUGAUAUGGAAGGAGUUACAUUAACAGCCAAUGGAAACAACAUAUCAAUGCACGAAAAAAAUUUUACAAACGUUAGAACAAGAUAUUACGCAAAGAUCAACAUUAACACACAAAAAUUAUCAAAAGAGGAAAUAGAAAAUGAACUUGAAAAAAUUUUUAACAAAGAAAGAUUUAGGACUGACAUCUCAAAUAAGAACGGUAAUACAUACAUAUACGUAAUGUUUGCAACAAAAGAAGAAAGAACAAGGUUGACCAAUAGCGAAACGAUUAGUAACAACGUGGGCAGAUUCUACCCGGAUCAAGAAAAGGAAGUGACGAUCAAUGACCCGUUAAAAUGCGAUAUUCAAAAUAUACCGAUCAAAAUCAGCAACAGUGACAUAAGCGCUGCAUUAGAUAACUAUGGAUUGGGUAGUACCAACAGAGUUUUUAACAAUACCAAAACAUCAAAAGAUAGAAGCAAACGACACAAAAGUGUAUUAAUAGAUUUAAAAUGCAACGAUGCACAAUUAAGAGAUACAUGGUCUAUACCAAUUGAUAAAAAUGGCAAUAGAAUCACGAUAAUACCCCAAAAUUUAAUGGCAGAACAGAAACAGGAAAGGAAGAAAUACAUGGCCAAACUUAUAGACGUAGACAUGGGAAUAGACUAUAAAGACAUUCAUGAAAAUCUAAACAACGUAAAGGCUAAAGAGUGGUAUAUCAAUGAAGACAAACAAAAAGGAAGAAAAACAAUUACAGUAUACUUCAAAAAUGGACAGGAAAGAGACAACGCUAUGAAAAUACAUUUUUUAGUAAAUAACAAGUGCUUCACAUGGAAUAAAGGCUACAUCGGGCAGCCCUUUUGGACCAGCCAACAAAACUUCAACAGAAGGUACAAUGGAAGGAAAUCAAAUUAUCAACACGGAAGAAAUAAUGGUAGACAAGACGCAAGUGAUUAUAGAUUUGAAGGGGAACAAAGAGGACGAAGACAAUACAACAACGUAUAUAACCCACAAUACCGACAACAGACAGGACGACCCAAUGAACAUAGACAUAACAGAAAUAAUAACUUUUAUGAACAAGAUUACGAUCCAAGAUUUAUAUCAUACCCAAGACACAAUAGACACAAUGAUAAACGACAAGAAUUUAGAGUUAGUGGAAGAAACUAUGACAGAAGACCAAACGGGAGAGGAUUCGGCAACUAUAGAAAUUACAACACUCAACAAGGAUAUAAUAGAUACACACAACAACAAGAAUCUAACAAAAGAAGAGAAGAACAUCAAAACAGAAGUGAAGGAAAAUACGGAGGAGAGAAGGACUCUGGACAAUACAUCGGCAGAUACAAACAUAGACAAACAAACUACGAUAAUGAUAGAAGAGGAGGAAACGGGGUCCAUUAUGGACAUAGAUAUUGA